AUGCAAAUAGACCACCCAAAAGAGAUCUCGGCAGGAGGCGAUUUUCCUCCCCGUUUGCGCCUGUUGCAGCCGCUGCAUGGCCACCACGGCCAUCUCCUCCUCUUCCGCCUGCUCCUGCGCCGCCCUCGCCGGCGCAGAGCGUUAAAGCGCCGAAGCCUAGCGCAGAAGAAGAGCACCAGCCUAAGCGCAGAAGCUGGUUCAAGAGGACUCUGGGCUUGGGAGAGAUUACCCUCCGCGACCAGGCNNACAUACAUGUACGAUGUCUACGCAGAGGAACUGCGCAAGCUCAGAGCGGAGGCUAAAAAAGCUCCCAAGCCCAAAGAGACGGGACGCGUGUUUGACGAUCAGGGGAGGGAGAUCACUGGUCUGGUUGACAAGAAGGGAAGGCCGAUAGUACCAAAGCCUGUGCCAAUCCCCAAACCUGAUCGACGCACUGCGUACCGUCGCCCUCGAGCAGAACCUAUAACCAGCCACUGGACAGCAGGGAUGGGAGUCGGAGGGCCUAGUGGUGGUUUCGUUCCUCCCAAUGGGCGAAAGCCUGCCGCANGAGACGUCUCACCCAGCAAAGGGUCAGAAUGGUCCACCACUUCUGAACCUCAGACCGACCCCAAGACGCCUGAGAAGCGCUCAUCUUCCAAGUCUUCCAAAUCGUCCACUGAAUCAUACUGGUCUGACGACAGCGACACACCUGUCAGACCUCGUUUCCAUUCGAUCAGAAGAAACAAAAACCUGUCACCUGGAGACACUUCUGAUGAAAGAUCUCUGCUCUCAAGUCUCGAGUCUGAAACAAACGCCGAUACCGAAGAAUCCACCGAGCCCACCUCUGAGCAUUCGGACGAUCAGAGCGAGGAUCCUUACCGUGACAUCUUCCCUAACCCCGAAACUUGGGAGCCCCAGCAUGACACCAAAAACAUCGACCCUCUGAAGCUGGGUGCGAUUCCAGUGCGCCCCAUGCCUCCUUGGAAUACCAAGAAGCUCAACUGCUACGCCGAACACGAGAGCGACUGCCAGCUCUGCGGUGCCUCCUGCUGCUCAGUCAAAGCCUACACCAAAGCCAUUAACGAAGACCCUCGCCCCAACCCCGUGGUGCCGCUGAAGUAUCGCAAGGCUUUCCAGCGCGAUAUUGACGAGAUCAAUGCCAUGAAGCCCAAGUCCAGCGACCCGUUUGAGAGAAUGCUCAAGUGCGAUACUUGUUACCGCAACUGCGAGAUGAGUGGCGGCAUGGUCAAGAUUAGCUACAUUUGA